AUGGAGGACACCGCCAGCAUUUCUCUGGUGGACAAUACCGCCCCUUCGCAACACCUUAGCAGUGGGGAUUUGGAAUCUUUACGACGAUCCUCCACCGUUGCUCGCCAGAACAGUCGACCCUCACGCUUAAACCGUGUAUCGGUAUCCGGACAGCUUGCGAAAAGAAAAUAUGCGAAAUGGCAGCCCGAUCGGCUAGGUGUUACAUCCGACAACGAAACCUCCCCGAGCAGAGAAUCGUCGCGGGCACGAGGGUCAAUCUCUGCGGGAAGUAUUGGCGGUCCUCCUGCCAGACAGCCUUCCCAUCAAGACAGUGGGCUAGGGUUAAGGGAGAGCGAAACUCUCGACUUGGCACCGACACGCACUCAGAGCCACACCAAUGCUACGACACAUUCCACGACGACAAAUGGACACCCCCCUCCUUCCGAUGAGAGAAAGCCGGUUUCGGAGCUGGAUAUAUUAUACGAGAAUCAGCGCGGUUCAUUUGUUUUCGGGAUACCUCUUUACUCUCAAGGCUCGCUGCUUAAUUUAGAUCCCAGUCCUUGGAUGACCCAAGACCGACGAGAAAGUCCCGUCAAUAUAACCAAUGCUCAACUGCCAGACCCGAGUUGGGAGUGGUCCUGGCGGACAUGGUAUGUCGAUAUGUCUGGCGAUGUGGAUGAGCAAGGAUGGCAAUAUUCCUUCUCCUUCAGCUCGUCUCAAUGGCAUGGUACACACCCGUGGUUUCACUCCUGGGUCCGCCGGCGACGCUGGGUUAGGCUUCGACACAAGGCUCCCGAGAGACGUGUUCGUGGUCGGUCGGAAUUCGAAAGAGCGCAUAUGUUGACCGAGGACUAUUUCACUAUCCAUUCUCACAAGGUUCGCAGCCGUGAUCAGAGUACGACUGGCCUUUCGAGGGUGGAGUCUGGGUUCUUGAACCGCGUUGAUACGAAGGUGGACGAGGAGGUGCAUUUGGAGGAGAUAGGGGAUAUUCCGACUUUGAUGCAUGCCUUGAAGCUUUGCUCUAUUGAUCGGGAGAAGCUUAACGCCCUUCGCAAGUUUGUUGAGGAGGGCGGCGAGGAGAUAUAUUAUUUGAACGACAAGAUCACGGAGAUCAUGUCUAUGUUCGUGUUUCAAGCGUCCCGCUGGCAAUUCGUCACAUAUCUUGUUGGAAAGAUCCAACAAUUAUCUCAAUUAAUUACGGACUCGGAUGACAAGGAGUCUGAAAGAAUGCAACGGAAGAAAGAUAAUCUUAUCCGGGCAGUGGAAUCUGCCAAACAGCAUGUUACGGGGCCCGAUUUCUUUGCGGAUUCCCAUGGGGAGUCUGGAGGGGAACUGCUUGGGUUGACACCAAUGUCGCAACAUAAAUACCUGCUAUCAAAGCGAGCACAGGCUACUGGUGAUCCCUUGAUUGUCACAAAGGGCAAGGAGAUCAAGGGUAUCCCCAAGGCCGCAGAGAUCGGAGGCGGUCCGGAGUCGUUCACCGCCUGCCCGUCCCGCGGCGACAAUUUUCGGAGUUUGGCUGCUCCGUCCUUCUCAACCGCCAGUGCCAACACCAUUCCUCUCCAUGCCACGGGUGCUACAGGAGCAUUUCUCCCUAUGUUCUCGAGUGGCCGCCCGUGUCUAAGAAGGCGCCUGUCUGUUGUCUUGGACAAUGUCGCGGCUGGCUCCGAUGAACCUCUCCUCUUCCUCUACCCCCGAUGGGCCGCGUCGGCUCUGCAAGGCCAUCAGACCGCGUCUUUAACGACCACCGCAGCUUCAGCAAAUAGAUCUCGCACUUCCAACCACUCAUUUCCAUCGGUGGCCCCUCCCUGCGCCCCUUCUAUCUCGGUCCGCCGACAAUCGAGCCGAUGGUUCUCCCCAAAUGCUGCGGGUAAAGACGGCGAUGGGAGCAGCACGGAGGUGCCACUUGCUGGCAAUGAGACAAUCAAUUCGAGCGAGCAGCACAUUGACAAUGUAAGAGACGGAUCAAUCUCUGCCAACCAGGCGGAGCCUACUAUCGAGCCGAAGCGCCCUGUCGGCUUAUUUGCUGAUAUCGAAACCGACACACCUGCGCGAGGUCCUAUUACGUGGAAAAGCAGAAGGCGAAAUAGACAUCGCCCGUCUUCACGGCCCUUGGCUGCCCCCACGCGCGAUUUGACUACUCGAAAGGCCGAUUCGAUAGCUAGGCUGUCCGUCCGGGAUCGGAAGAAGCUGCGUUACGGAGCUUACAUCAAGGGACGGUCGAAGAACAGCGAAAAACUCUCAUACUAUCCGGUCGGGGGCUGGGAUUCAAUGAAGGACAUAUUGGAACGACAAGCACAAGAUCCACGAGUGGCGACCCGAAGGAGUGCCAAACACAAGGAAUUGCAGGUACCCGAAGAGACCAUUGGGAUGAUGUCUGGAAUUACCGAUACGGCAAUCGCAGAGAACAUCUUUUAUAUCAAUGUUCGAAACGGAUGCCGCGUACAGAUUCUGCACCCAAGAGACGGUGAUGGCCUCCACCGUAAGGUUAUACUAUCGGGCUCGGAGCGUGUGAUGGAGCUUGUUGAAGACCGCAUCAAGCGCGUCCAAGCUCAGCAGGAAAUCGGAGACCCUCUCGUCGAGAUUUCGAAGCCUCUUUUCCCGGUUCUCAGCUCAAUGGAGUCAAUGCGGCGCAAUAAACUUCCAGUGCCCAUGAUUCGUGGAGUGUGGAUUGAGUCAAAAUUGGACCGCAUGAGCUAUCGGGAACUCCUCGAUCUUGGCUCAUCUAUCGGUACCGUGAAAGAAUUUGCCGAGCGCAUUCAGGAUUUAAUAAGGGCAUGUGAACUACCUUCAGGCGAGCGUACAGGCAGCAAGCCUCAGCCCGCCCAACGCGGCCAGGUUGUACGAAACAUUUUAAAACUCUUCCGACAAGAUUCGAACAAAGAAUACUUUUCUUCCGCAGCUUUGAACCAGACAUUGGCAUUCUUAUGCGAUCAAGAGCUUCUAAAGCUUGCGAGAGCGGUCUUUCUUCGAGCAGAACAUGUCGCAACUGCGGACACCUACAAUAUCUUUCUCCGGACCGCAGCUCGACGACAAGAUUUGAAGACAUUCCGGCGAUUCCUAAUCUCUAUGGACCGAGCGCAUAUUCGCCCGACUCCGGAGACGUGGCUUGUACUGCUCGGGGCAGUGGUCACCCCCAAGGCAAAGGCGUCUCUCAUCGCGCACCUAGUGCAGAAGGGGCAUAUGGCCGAGACAAGAGUGACUCGUACUGCGCUCCAGCUUACAAUCCAGGAUUCUCUUUUGGUGCAUCUGGAGAAUGGCCAGAGUAUGGAUUCGUUCCUUAACCUGAUGGUCAAAACACCAGAAGCCAAUUGGUUCGGCCCAUCGAUUCUCUCUCAGAUGUUCAGUGUCAUUGCCCGCCGGGGGGACUUCACCGCUGCGAACAUCCUUCUCAAAUUCUGUCUUACGAAUCAGCUUCCACUCGGAAGUAACCAGCUCACCUCCCUGUUGACCAUGUGUCGCAAAGAUGUCUUCUCCGCCGUCGACUACCUACUUCCAUUACUCCGACAGUCCAACUUCCAGCUUUCGCGGCAAAAUAUGGACUUUUUCUUUCGAAUCGCUUAUAAGAGCGAAAAAUACAAUAUAUGCCGGGUUUUGUGGCGGUACGCUUGCAUUUAUGGACUAGUGACCUACAGAAUGAAGGAGAUUGUCCUGAGCUCACUCUGCCGCAAUGUCUCCUACCAUCAUUUCGCCAAUGACUUCAGGAAAGGUUGGCAAUUGUAUGCAGGCAAGGUCAUCGUUGGACUCGAGCUACACUUUCCUCGCGGGCCAGUGUGGCCAAAAGAUAUCACCGAUUUGAUUCCCUCGGGGUUCAGCGACAAGCCCCUUGAUUUCCUCUCGUCUGGUUUCAAAGCCCAGGGCACAGAACGCGACCUCCAGCGCCGCGUGGCCUGGAUGCUCAUCCAUCGUGACCUUGGAUUAUUAGGGAAAUCCCGCUAUGCCCCAGUACGACCCCUAUCCGUCAUGCUCGAGUCGGCCGCCAUCCUUGAUGCUAAUUGGGAGCGCCAACCGAGGAGCCUGGAUUGGUUUUUGGACAAUGCCAUAUAUGUGCCAAUCAAGCGACUACCUUCGGAAGAUCGACACCCUCUCUCUUCGACCUCUCUCUCCUCACGCCAUGACCUUGCGUCUCUCGAUUUAUACUCUGCUAAAAGUGCACUGCGGGUUUAA